UGUAGGCUUUAAUGUGACACUAGCGCAUAGGGGACAAGAUAUUACGACUGGGGGUGGUCUCAUUUGCAUGUUUAUUUGAAUGUUUGGGUCAAAGGGUUUUAUUUACAGGACAAUGUAUACAUGUGUGUGUUUUGCAGGCGUGCAGAUGUAUGUGUGUAACAGAGAACACUACGGUCUGCUGCCCGUCCCUCUCAAAGCACAGCAGAGUGUGGAGGAUGAGAGCGAGAGUUUCAUACACACCAUCACGGAGGCUUUGAUUGACCACGACAUUGAGCCCUCUGAGUACCUGCACUCUCAGCCGUCGCCACAGGACACCAUGGGCUUUGAUAAAAUUAUCCUGGUUAACCUGAAGCGCCGGCUGGACAGAAGAACCAGGAUGUUGAAAACAAUGUCUUCGCUGGGUUUACACACCGUGCUGGAAGAAGCAGUGGACGGCAAGGCUCUCAAUUCAUCCCAGCUUCAGGCGCUAGGAAUAGAGAUGAUGCCGGGAUACAAAGACCCUUACUCUGGUCGAGUCCUGACCAGAGGGGAGAUCGGGUGCUUCCUCAGCCAUUACUCUAUAUGGAAGCAGGUGGUGGAGAAUGGCAUCCCAAAAGUUCUUGUUUUAGAGGACGAUGUGAGGUUUGAACCUAGAUUUAAACGACGAAUCCAGUCCAUCAUGGAUGACGUAGACAAAACCCAGCUGGACUGGGACCUCAU